CUUAAUACUGUGUCUACUUUUCGUCUUAUCGUUUUCUAUGGAACAGAUAAUGGCAGCAAGAUCGAAAGGAAAAACAGCCGAAGCAAAAGCCCUAGCGGAGCCCAUGUCCACAAUAGUUUCUCGGCUCCAAUCCUGUUUAAUUGAAUCCAAUUCUCAAGGAAUCCUUUCAGGGAGCAGCGUUCUUCUUGCAGCACACGAAGAACAAACGGAGCUUUUCAACCACGCGUGUUUCGGCCGUCUCGUUAUCACCACACAGAAGAACAAACAGUGGUUUCAACUAUGCCACAAGGAAGCUUUUUACCUCUGCACCGUAAUGAAAUGCAUCAAGAUUGUAGGUCAAAAUAGCUGCGUAAAAAAUGAGGAAGAGCUGUGGGAUUACAUGUCGUCCAAGAGAGUGAAUUUCCCGGUUCUGUAUAAAGCGUAUUCGCAUCUUCGUACGAAGAACUGGGUGGUUAGGGCGGGGUCUCAGUACGGUGUUGACUUUGUUGCCUAUCGGCACUACCCGACUUUAGUGCACUCUGAGUACGCUGUUAUAUCCUCUUCUACAGAAGAAGGAAACGAAAAUGGACGUUUGAAGGUUUGGUCUGAUUUUCAUUGCACUCGUCGUCUCUGUGGCAGUGUUGCAAAAACGUUGUUGGUUCUCCACAUUAGCAAAAACUGUAACGAUUGUGACGGUUGCUAG